CGAUGUCGGAGCAAAUUUAAAUCUGAACGUUCAGUGGCGGUGAACGCAGAGCAGAGCAGAGCAGGCUUCACGGCAGUUACUGGCUGAUAUUGUCACUAACAGUACUGCGAGCAACAGAGCAGGGAUGUCGUGGGAUUUCUUUUUACCUGUGUGUUUAGGAGACCUGGUUAAGACUGGUGGAAUCAACCAGUAUGUUGUUCAGGAUGUGGUAUCCCCAAAGCAGCUGCCAUCCAGUAUCAAUAAAUUUAAGGCUGCAUUGCGGAGUCAGGGGCCUCUGUGUAUACUGGAACACUUUGAUACUGGCUACAGUGUGCUACAGCACUGUAACUCAGUGGAGCUGGGUGUUAAGGAGGAUACUCUGGAAAUACUAAUACAAGUGGUUAGUGGCCUGGCAGGGUCCCUGCCAGCAGUCCUUAUCACCGCGUCCCUCACAGCUGAAGAGCGCAAAGAGAAACUUAAUGCAUUAAAAAUGAGUGUCUUCCUGCUCUGCAAGCUCACAGAGACCCUUGAGUGUUACUCAUGCAGGCAGAGUUUUGUCACAGCACCUGGGAAGGGUGGUAAAAAAGGUAAAGCUGGUGGAGAGGGACUGCUGCAGUGGGAUUCAGAGAGAGAGAAAGUUCUGCAGGCCCUUAUCCAGCUCCUCCAGCUGGAUAUCCGCUCCCUCUGGAACCUCUCCCUGGUGGAGGAAGAGUUCAUCAGCUGUGUGACCUGCUGUUGUUACAAACUACUUGAGAACCCAACCAUCAGUCAUGUCAAGAACAAACCCACCAGGGAAAGUAUAAUCCACUUACUGGGUGUGUUGAUCAAGAAGUACAAUCACCUCCUUGGUGCAAGUGUAAAGGUGAUCCAGUUACUACAGCACUUUGAGCAUUUGGCAUCUGUUUUUGCUCAGGCAGUGUCUGUGUGGAGCACAGAAUAUGGAGUCAGGACUAUCAUAGGAGAAGUGAUAAGGGAGAUCGGUCAGAAGUCUGGUGAGGAGCUUGCCAGGGAGGGGUCUGGGGUCAAAGCCUUUGCUUCCUUCCUGUCAGAGCUUGGAGCCCUGGUCCCCGAUUUAAUGAUCCCCACAAUCAGCCUGCUCAUUACUCAUCUAGAAGGAGAGAGCCAUACAAUGCGUGUUGCAGUUUGUGAAGUGCUGGGAGAGACCCUUGUCCGUGUCCUGUGUGGCGACAGCCUUGAUGAAUCUAGUAAAGCUGACCGUGACAGAUUCUUUGACACUCUUCAGGAACAUCUGCAUGACACACACUCCCAUGUUAGGGCACGUGUGUUGCAAGUGUAUACACGAAUCGUCAACAGCAAGGCACUGCCUUUGUGCAGGUAUAGUGAGGUGAUGGAGCUUGCUGUUGGGCGACUAAUGGACAAAUCUAUAAAUGCUGUGAAGAGUGCUAUCCAGUUGUUGGCAGCCUUCAUUGCACACAAUCCAUACAGCUGCAAGUUGAGCAGUGCCGAUCUAAAGAAACCGCUGGAGAAAGAGACAACUAAAUUCCGAGAGAUGAAAGAGAAACUAGAGGGGAAAGCACCAGUGGCAGUGAUUAAAGCAUCUGAGCUUUGGGCCGCUAUGGAACCUGAGCUGCUCAUCACAGUCAGUACAGAGCUGGAACCACAAAGUGAUACGGAGAAGGUGCAGCAGGAAGAAGAGGACGGCGGAGAAGCAGAAGAAGAAAAAGAGGCAGAAGACGACAGGGCUACUGCAGUGAUGAUUGCCCAGUACCUCCGUGUCAACAAAUACAGGAAUGCUGUGCGUCUUUGUGUAAAAGCUCACAGCUGCUUCCCUGAAUCUGAGAUGUUUGCCUCUCUGUCCACUCUCACCCCUGAGACUCUAAUGGAAACACUGGCUCUUAUUUUCAAAGGCUCUGAUGAUGAUGAUGAUGCCGCUGAGCUCAGCCAGAAUAUGCCGCCUACCCCACAGAAAGAGGGGGAGAAAGAGGGGGAGGAUGGGGAGCUGAAGAAGCAGGAGAUGUUGGUGCAAUACCUGAAAGAUACAGAAACUUUUGCUUUACAAGUGGAGAGAGCAAUUUCUGUUAUCAACACCAUGCUCUAUUUGAAAACCGCAUCAGUGGUUCAGGAGGCUGUGCAGUUCUGCGUGACAGUGUGCGAGUUCGGUGUUGCCAACUCUGUCAGUGGAGUGAGGAAGAUGUUGCCACUCGUCUGGUCAACUGACACUGCCAUUAAAGAUGCUGUUGUUCAAGCCUACAGACGCCUUUUUCUGAACCCUCAGGGAGACAACGUCAGGAUGAAAGCCCAGACUCUAGUGGACAGUCUUUCAGAGCUAAUGGUGGAUGCAUCACUGGGAACAAUCCAAUGUCUUGAGGAGAUAGUACAGGAGUUCUUCGGCAGUGGCAGCAAUCUCCAGUCCACUGUUGUGCAGGUCUUGUGGGAAAGGUUUACUGGGAAACGAGAGACUUCUGGUCUACACAGACGAGCAGCAGUGUUACUGCUGGGUAUGGCUGCACGGGCAGAGAGAGAGGUGGUUCUCAGUAAUCUGGACACUCUGUGCUCCGUCGCUCUUGGAGAAAAAGUGACUGAAGACUUCCUUCUGGCCAGAGACUCAGUAAUAACCAUCGGCAGUAUCACUGACCAUGUCAGGCAAUCAAAAGGUGCUCCAUUCAGAUUGCCCCAGGACCAUCAGCUCUUCAGCUGCCUCACCCAGGCCAUUGCUGACGGUGUGGUGAUGAAAGACCCUUACUGGCAGAGCUUCAUGGAACAGGCUGUUCGUCUCAUCUACUUCCUAGCUGAAUCCCCUGAUCAGCUGUGCUCACGGCUGCUCCAGCGCAGUGCUCGCCUCUUGUUGGAUCAAAUUGCUGAAGGUGGGGAAGUUAACAAAGAUCCUGACCAAACGCAAGAUGGAUCUCAAGAGUCCAGUGAACAAGUGAACUGUGUGUGUCUGGCCCAGCUGUUGGCUCUGUGUGGCUGUGUGGCCUUCUGGCAGGUGUCCCACCUUGAGCGCAGUGUGAGUGCAGAGCUGCGGAGGAGAAGAGGAGAGACAGAAGAGAGGGAGGAGAAAGAGAAAGGCCCAUCCAGCAAAGCCAAGCAAGCAGCCAAUGAGAGUGCCAUGGAGGAGGAGCUUGGAUUGAUGGGUGCUUCUGCUGAAGAUACAGAGGCUGAACUCAUCAGAAAGAUCUGCGAGACCGAAUUACUUGCUGAGGAGAACUUGCUAUGUGCAUUUCUUCCCCUGCUGGUGAAAGUCUGCAGCUCCCCAGGACGUUACUCCCACCCACAGCUCACCACUGCUGCCUGUCUGGCACUCUCUCAGUACAUGAUGAUAAGCCCAUCUGUGUGUGAGGAGAACAUCCGUCUCAUGUUUACCGUGCUGGAGCGCGCUUCUCUUCCAGUUGUCAGAGCUAAUGCAGUAAUUGCCCUUGGAGACCUUACUGUUCGUUUCCCAAACAUUUUGGAGCCCUGGACACAGAAUCUCUAUGCCAGGCUCAGUGAUGAGAUUCCAUCAGUGAGGCAGACAGCUGUGACAGUUCUUACCCAGCUGGUACUUAAGGAUGUGCUCAAGGUCAAAGGACAAGUCAGCGAGGUGGCUGUGCUGCUAAUUGACCCUGAGCCACACAUCGCCAGCCUCGCACUGAACUUCUUCAAUGAAUUGGCCACCAAGGACAAUGCCAUCUAUAACCUUCUACCAGACAUCAUCAGUCGCCUGUCUGAUCCAGAGAGGGGCAUGAGCUCAGAUGACUUCAACAUUAUCAUGAAGCAGCUGUUCUCCUACAUCACCAAAGAAAGACAGACUGAGUCUCUGGUAGAGAAAAUGUGUCAGCGCUUCAGGACUGCCAAGACGGAGCGUCAGUGGUGUGACUUGGCCAUGUCUCUGUCUCUGCUGUCGAUGUGUGAGCGUGGCUUUAAGAGGCUGCAGGAGUGCUGGGAGUGUUACAGUGACAAGUUGACUGAACCCGGAGUUUACCAGCCUCUACUCUCCAUCACUGCCAAGCUCCGCCGUGGGGCUAAACCCCAGUUUAAGGCCCAGGUAGAUGAGUUCGAAAAGCGUCUGACUGCAGUACACACACGUGGGCUGGAGAAUGUAGAAAGCCCUGAGAUGGACGAGGAAACCCAAAAAGAAGGACCCUCUGAGAAGACCGUCAUGCGUACACCUUUGCCCGCCCGGGGCCGUCAAAGGACCAAGAGAGGUCAAACAAAGCCUUCAACAUCCAGCCAUGGUGACGACAGUUUUAUGACGCCUCGGAAGUCUCGCAAGUCCAAGAAACCGGUGAUCACCUUUAGUAGUGAUGAAGGGGAGGAUGAAGAGGAUGCUCUAAUGGCAGAGAGUGAGACGCCUAAAGUGACAACACCCAUCGCCCGUACAUCCAGAAGAGCUCGCCUCAGAAACUGAUUUCUGUUUUUGUUGUAUUUGUCUUAUUUUUGUGUAACUUUUUAAUCUUUUAUCCAAAAUGAAAGUUUUUUGCCUUUUUAUUUUAUUUUUUUUAAAUCUUGUAUAUUUUUAAGAUACUGGUUCUUAGCAGCAAACGGCAGUCAUCUAACAUGUAAUAACAGACCCAAGACAUCUUUUUAUAAUAAACCUGUUUGUGGUUUUGAA